GCGCAGAGGCGGCCGGGGAGCUAGUCGCGGAGUGCGGGGGGAGGGGCAGGGAGCGGGAGCUGCCGCCGCCGCCGGAGCAAACCGCGGGGACCGAGAUGCAGCUGCUGCCGCUCACCCCGUGUCUUCUGGCCGCUUCCCUCUUUGCUGCCCCUCCCCACAGGCUCCCCCUCUCCGCCUCCUGGGGACCGUCAUGAAUGGUGCCCCUUCCCCGGAGGAUGGGGCCUCCCCCUCUCCUCCGCCUUUGCCACCACCCCCUCCUCCUAGUUGGCGGGAGUUCUGCGAGUCCCAUGCCCGGGCUGCUGCCCUGGAUUUUGCCCGCCGUUUUCGCCUCUACCUGGCCUCCCACCCCCAGUACGCAGGGCCCGGGGCUGAGGCUGCCUUCUCCCGCCGUUUUGCUGAACUCUUCCUGCAGCACUUUGAAGCUGAGGUGGCCCGGGCCUCCGGCUCCCUCUCGCCACCCAUCCUGGCUCCCCUGAGUCCUGCUGCGGAGAUCCAGCCACAUGACCUGUCCCUUGAGAGCUGCAGGGUGGGCGGGCCCCUGGCUGUGCUGGGCCCUUCUCGAUCAUCUGAGGACCUGGCCGGCCCCCUCCCUUCCUCAGUCUCUUCCUCUUCUACGACCUCCUCGAAGCCGAAGCUAAAGAAACGCUUCUCCCUCCGCUCAGUGGGUCGCUCUGUCCGCGGUUCAGUCCGUGGCAUCUUGCAGUGGCGGGGGACGGUUGACCCUCCCUCCCCGGCCGGGCCCCUCGAGACCUCAUCAGGCCCCCCAGUCCUGGGUGGAAACAGCAACUCCAACUCCUCUGGUGGGGCCGGGACCAUUGGCAGGGGACCGGUUAGUGAUGGAACAUCCCCUGGGGACCGAUGGACUCACCGAUUUGAGAGGCUGAGACUCAGUCGGGGAGGGGGGGCCUUGAAGGAUGGAGCAGGGAUGGUGCAGAGGGAAGAGCUGCUGAGUUUCAUGGGGGCUGAAGAGGCAGCCCCUGACCCAGCUGGAGUGGGCCGGGGAGGAGGAGGGGCAGCUGGGCCUACCUCAGGGGGAGGAGGGCAGCCUCAGUGGCAGAAGUGUCGCUUGCUGCUCCGAAGCGAAGGAGAAGGCGGAGGAGGAAGUCGUCUGGAGUUCUUUGUACCGCCCAAGGCGUCUCGGCCUCGCCUCAGCAUUCCCUGCUCUACCAUCACGGACGUGCGGACAACCACAGCCCUGGAGAUGCCUGACCGGGAGAACACGUUUGUGGUUAAGGUGGAAGGCCCCUCGGAGUACAUCCUGGAGACAGCCGAUGCUCUGCAUGUGAAGGCCUGGGUGUCUGACAUCCAAGAGUGCCUGAGCCCGGGACCCUGCCCUGCCACCAGUCCCCGCCCCAUGACCCUCCCCCUGGCCCCUGGGACCUCAUUCCUUACAAGGGAGAACACAGACAGUCUGGAGCUGCCCUGCCUCAAUCAUUCAGAGAGUCUGCCCAGCCAGGAUCUGCUGCUGGGAGCCAGCGAGAGCAACGACCGCCUGUCACAGGGGGCCUAUGGGGGCCUUUCAGACCGCCCCUCGGCGUCCAUCUCCCCCAGUUCCGCCUCCAUUGCUGCUUCCCAUUUUGACUCAAUGGAACUGCUUCCCCCAGAGUUGCCCCCCCGCAUCCCCAUCGAAGAGGGGCCCCCAGCGGGCACAGUUCAUCCACUCGCAGCCCCCUACCCACCCCUGGACACUCCAGAAGCGGCCACAGGUACCAGAGGAUCAUUCCUGUUCCAGGGGGAGUCAGAGGGAGGUGAAGGGGACCAGCCCCUCUCAGGGUACCCUUGGUUCCACGGGAUGCUCUCUCGACUCAAGGCUGCGCAGCUAGUGCUAGCCGGAGGCACCGGCUCCCACGGUGUUUUCCUGGUACGGCAGAGUGAGACGAGGCGGGGUGAAUACGUGCUCACUUUCAACUUCCAGGGCAAGGCCAAGCACCUGCGCCUGUCGCUGAACGAGGAGGGUCAGUGCCGGGUCCAGCACUUGUGGUUCCAGUCCAUUUUCGAUAUGCUCGAGCAUUUCCGGGUGCACCCCAUCCCUCUGGAGUCUGGAGGCUCCAGUGACGUUGUUCUUGUCAGCUAUGUCGUGUCCUCCCAGCGACAGCAGGGUGAGCAGAGCAGGUCUGCAGGGGAGGAGGUGCCCGUGCACCCAAGAAGUGAGGAGGCCGGGAGCAGGCCGGGAGCCAUGCAGGGGUGUGCGAGGGAGAUCGAUGCUACCCCGAUGCCUCCUCCACCCUCAUGCCCUUCGGAGCGAGUGACUGUGUAACCGAACACCUCCCAUGACCCACCCCAGCCCCCUGAGCCCCCUUCAUGGACAGAUCCCCCACAUCCUGGGGCAGAAGAGGCGACGGGGGCGCCAGAAGUGGCGGCAGCAGCAGCCACAGCAGCCAAAGAGAGGCAAGAGAAAGAGAAAGCGGGCUUUGGAGGGGUCCAGGAAGAGCUUGUCCCCAUGGUUGAGCUGGUCCCCAUGGUUGAAUUGGAAGAGGCGGUAGCCCCAGGCGCGGAGGCCCAGGGAGGCGCCGGAUCUGGUGGGGCCGGUGGGGCUGCGGGGGCCACCGCGAUGGUGCAGCUCCAGCAGUUACCACUAGGGGGCGAUGGAGAAGAAGGGGGCCAUCCCAGAGCCAUUAAUAACCAGUACUCUUUCGUGUGAGACACCCUACCCCGCGCUUUCUCCACUCUUCUUGCUCCCCAGCCCUUAGUUGGUGAGAUUGGGGCUGGGCAGGGACGGAGAGGAGCGGUAGGAAUCCCCGCCCCACGUGCUUCCUGACCCUUGACGGCCAAGGGCAUCUGUGUUGGUACAAGAAGAGGCUCAAGAACCCUGUUAACUCCCCAGUUCAUACACUACAGGUGCCCCAUCCCCUGGGCAGGGGAUUUGGGCUCCAUUACCUCCCUGAGGGGCUGUUAUGGUCAGCCCCACCCCUGGGGGCCAUUUCCACAUUAACCGCCCCCCAGCCCGGGGAGGGGUGAGGGGGAAGGGCUGUCAGUUAUAUUAAGGUUGUUGUUGUUGUUGUUUUAAACAAAAUGGAGAAGCAUAAAUAAAUAAAAGGGUUUAUUUCAGUU